AUGAACCAAACGCAAUGUGUUGUUGAGGGGAUCGACCUUUCAGACGUUAGUCUGGCUAUAUCAAACAGCUUCUAUGUCCUGGUCCUGCUAGCACUCGUGUCCUCCCUGUGUGCCCUCUUCACCGUAGUGACCAACAGCGUCGUGUUUGUGGCGGCCAUCAAGUCCUGCAGGGACCACAACUCUCACGGCCACGCCCACAUCACCCGGAUGUUAAUGGCGUCCAUGACGCUCUCCGACGCCAUGAUAGGUCUGUGGGUGUGGCCCAUGAGCGUCAUGGAGAUUGUCAACAAUGGGAAAUGGGUGAUGGGAAUGUCGCUGUGCACCGCGCGUUUAGCACUCAACAAUUUAUUUUGUGCCGUGUCUAUUUACCACAUCUGUUUCAUGGCCAUCGAUCGGUACAUCGCUAUUUGCCAACCACUCAAGUACCGAAUGUUUACAACCCGGGUUGGCUACCUCAUGGUUGUGCUAUCCUGGGUUGUCCCCACAGCCACGACGCUGCUGCCGUCUAUCAACGACUGGCACCAUCAUGGCGUCGAGCAGCUGGUUCGAUGUUUCCACGACAAGCACAUCUGCAGCACAAUGUUCAACGCUGAGGCCUUGAUCACGAUCUUCUCGCUGGCUUGUUAUCUCCCCUUCACCGUCACGUACACCCUGUAUUGUCUCAUCUUGUGGGAGGUUCGCAAGUUUAAUCAAAGACAGAAAACGUUUACAAAAUACGAAAUCAGAGGGAGAAGAAAAAACUCGGGUAAACAUUCAGUUUUUUGUCAAACUACAGUCUCUACCGUCUGUUCAGGUGGUCGAGUAGAUAAUGCUGAUGAAGAUCGAACUCAAACAAGUGCUGGUGAAGACAUUGACGCGGUCGACUCGGGUUCCAAACCAGCUAGCACCAACACCAAAAACAUGAAGGCGUACUUAAACAUCGGGUCAGUGGUGUUGUGUUUCACCGUCUGCUGGACGCCGGUGUGGUGUCUGGUGAUGGUGUUCCACUUCAGCAGUCUACAGCUGCCCAUAUGGCUACUGACCCUGGUCAACUUCCUGACCUACAUGAACUCGGCCGUCAACCCGCUGCUGUAUUGUGGCAACCCGUCGGUCAGAAAGUCACUCAAAUCUUUGAUGUGUCACUCAAGUCUUUGA